AUGGUUUCCAUUGAACGCCUUCUGGAGUUCAUCAACAUUCCACCUGAGGAACCGGCGGAUGCCACAAUGAACAGCACAGUCAUGCUGCCACUCAUCAGCGUAAGUCCACUGUGGCCUCAGUGGGGUGAGGUGCAUUUCCAGGACGUCUGGCUCCAGUACCCCGGCAAGACAAACUGGGCCCUGAGCAAUAUCAAUCUCCAUAUCCACCCUGGUUGCAAGGCGAGUCUGUGGCCUUUAGCCCCGGCAUCUGCCCCAAGCUUUUCAUCGGGGCACUUAAAUCCUUUAUAUGUUCUGUCAUUGCUGGCACAAGCCGUUUAUGCUUGUGGCUUCUGUGCAUGUCACAGUGGUUCUAUUGGUGGGCAUCUUCGCCUGCAUCACUGCACUUCUAACAGCAACAAGGAAAUUGAAGCCCCACUGGGAAACGUGCUAAGCGGUGACCAAUUUCUUCACGCUUGCCUGCACUGUGGACGUGCAGUCUGGAGUAGAAACGACUUGAAUGAACAUCCCCGUUCCGACUUCAACAUAUCUAAGCCUAUAUGUUGUACUAAUGCUGCCACCACUGGUCAAACCGCUCCGCCUACCAAAUGCACACGAGCUCAGACUACAACGCAAGAAUGA